UUGAGAUGCAGUGGACACAUCACUAUGGCACAGCCAUACCGUAGGCUUACAGUAUGUUCUGUUUUGUUGUGGAAUGACGUAGCAUGUCUAAUUUAAUCUUCCCAGCCAGCAGCCGAGACAACUUCCUCGUAUGGUAGUUUUAUUUUGAUCAGUCAGUGUGUCGAUUUCGGUCUGUGCUUUUAGAAUGUUGAGUCGACUCGGUGACCUGACAGGUGGAGACUGAGAAGCGCACAGGUGAACUGCCAUCGUUUACACGAUGAGCUACUACAGUGAUACGCCAAGUGUCGACGAUGAGUUGGAGUCGUUAGGAUGGUACCACUUUGACCUGUCCCGCCAUGCCGCUGAAGCUCUCCUCCUAUCCAAUGGGAAAGAUGGCAGCUAUCUCCUCCGAAACAGUCAUGAGGGUCCUGGCAGCUUUGCCCUCUCUGUCAGAGCCAAGGAUUCAGUUAAACAUUUCCAUGUGACACGGAAAAGCAGUGGAUAUGCUUUUGGCUUCAAUGAGUUUGCGUCCCUCCAGGACUUUGUCAGCCAUUUUGCCAACCAGCCUCUGCUGGGCAGUGAGACAGGUACCCUCAUUGUCCUUAAAUGCCCAUAUCCAUGGCGUGUAGAAGAACCGUCCAUCUAUGAGUCUGUGCGGGUUCACACCGCCAUGCAGACAGGACGAACAGAGAGCGACCUGGUGGCUAACGCUCCAUCGUUUGGAACAAAGGAGGGCUAUCUGGUAAAGUUAGGAGCAGUCGUAAAGAACUGGAAGCAGAGGUGGUUCACAUUAAACAGAAAUGAGCUCAAAUACUUUAAGGACAAAAUGUUUGAUGAGCCUAUUCGCACCCUGGAUCUGACAGCAUGCUCUGCAGUCCAGUUUGACUACUCCAAGGACAGAGUCAACUGCUUCUGUUUGGUGUUCCCUGAGAGGACAUUUUAUCUGUGUGCCAAGAGUGGUGUGGAGGCAGAUGAGUGGAUCAAGAUAAUACGAUGGAAACUGUCACACAUAAGAAAAGAAAGAUGACAACAUGAAGAGGAGGAGCCAAAAGAUGCAUAUUCUCACAGUGAACUAAAUUACCUUAAGUCUGGUAACUUGUCACUCAUGUUAUCCUCAGAGAUCCUUUCUGCUCCACAGAUGACUGGCUGGUAACCCAAGACAAAAGACAAGGGGGCUCUUUGACCAUCGAAAAAUGACCAUGUCAUUUUCAGGACAUGCACAAUGUUUUGGAUCUAAUCGUAUUUUUUUGCGAUAGACCUUGAGUUCUUCCAAUAAUUUUAUUUUCUCUAGAUUGAUAUCUUUCACUGGUUGACAUUCACUUGAUCUUAAUUUUACUUAACAAGAUGUAACAGUCAUACUGUGAAUAAAUAUUUAUUUUAAUAGAGAAAUGAGCAACAGAUGAGUCAGUUUAUUAAUUACAAACAUGAGAAAGGAAGGGGUUACAUUCAAGUACUAGAAAAUUAAGGCAACAAACACAGCAUCAUGACACUAACAUGUACUGUAUAUAUGUCUUUCAGCAACAGAGCUCUCUGUAUGUGUGGGUGUGUGUGCAUGAUAGAGAUAUUAAUAAUAUGUAAUAGUUUCAGGUAGAUCCUUUUUCAUGACUGACUCCGUCACAGAAUAGUCCCAUUGCUGUCAAGGUGAUACACUCCUAAGCAACCUCCACUACCUGCCAUAGCUCUUCGAUUAGUGGGACAAGCUCCUUCUCCAGACGGAUAAUCAAACCUACAAACAACAACAGUUUGGAUAACACUUCAGAAUGCUGUACUUGUCUUCAUUCAUGCAGAGGAUAGAAAGUAGAGAUCUUCAUCUUACCUGUGUUGGCACUACUGCUUGCGAUGAAACUGAUCACCAACGGUAACCGGUUAAACUGCACAAUCUGGAAAAAAGUGAGAUUGUCAGCAUAACAAGGCACAUGGGUCAGUGUUUUUCAAUCUGUUCUUGAGGAGCACCAGGGAAUGCACAUUUUUUUGUUCUAGCCCAGCACUAACACACCUGACUCAACUAAUCACCAAGCCACCCCAGGCCUACAUCCUUUAUAUGUUAGGUUGUUUUUCAUAUGUAGAACAAAAUGUAAAUGUAUUACUACCUUGUAAAUGUAUGAAUGCUAAUCCACAGUUACCCCUUUUUUUUAAUUAUUAUAUAUUUUUUAUUUUAAGUCAUCAGCUUUGCCCACAGGGAAAUCAUAUGACUGUCUUAACCCAUGUUGAGCCAGCAACAUCCGAUUUAAGCUGUUUAAAAAUCCUUCAAAAUAAGAGCCAUGUAAACAGUGGAAAUGGUUAAUUCUGUUCAGUAGCACCCAGUAUCCAAAACCAUUGCAUUUCUGCAACUUGCUUAAUUUGCGUAAGCCAUAUUACUAAACCUAGAAAAAGGAGUGAAAAUAGAGAAUAGGAAAUUAAGAAAUAGAUUAGAUAGAAAGUGGGCUACUUAGUCUACUUCUCUGGGGUUAUCAUGCCCCCAGCUCAAAUAGAGGAAACUAUUUACACAUUUGUACAUCCCUCACACAGCCUUCAAAUGUUCAUUCAAAACUCUCCCCUGACAACAUAACAGGAGGUCUUGCUCAGAAUUUACCUCAAGGUUUGAAAUCUGAACUCAAUAAGGCAAUCCCAGUAACUAAUUAUGAUCUGGCCUUAGCAGUUUGAGUGAAACCUGCUGUUUGAAUAUCUGGCAUGCCUUUUCUGCAGUAGUGUCAGUAUAAUAUUGACCAAAGAAUGCGGCGCAAUAGGUCAUCUCUUUGUAUUUUAAUUUGUAGCUUAUAAAAUUGUGAUUUGAUUGGCAACUCGUUUUGUGAUAUAACAUGUGGGAACUGAGCAGCCCUCCUCACAAGGGCCCCUUACUUCACUCAUCUUUUACCGUAAUGAUCUUUAUCUUCAUCUUUUCCACCUACUCCAUAGUAUUUGGGGACUUUCAGAAAUGUGAACAGGACUUCUUCCAGUCAUUACAUCGAUGAUCAUGGACAGGUGGCCAAUGACUACAAUGGCUAAAGCCUUAACCCAGAGUAUGAGGAUGAGUAAGUACAGUUGAAGUACAGUUAACGAUGGUCAUUAUGGCCAAAGAGUUCUAUUUUUGUUUCAUCAGACCAGAGGACAUUUCUCCAAAAAGUACAAUCUUUGUUCACAUGUGCAGUUGCACACCGUAGUCUGGCUUUUUUUAAUGGCGGUUUUUGAGCAGUGGCUUCUUCUUUGCUGAGCGGCCUUUCAGGUUAUGUCAAUAUAGGACUCGUUUUACUGUGGAUAUAGAUACUUUUGUACCUGUUUCUUCCAGCAUCUUCACAAGGUCCUUUACUGUUGUUCUGGGAUUGAUUUGCACUUUUCGCACACCAAAGUACGUUCAUCUCUAGGAGACCGAAAGCGUCUCCUUCCUGAGGGGUAUGAUGGCUGCGUGGUCCCAUGGUGGUUAUACUUGCAUACUAUUGUUAGUACAGAUUAACACGGUACCUUCAGACAUUUGGAAAUUGCUCUUGGAGUUGUGGAGGUCUACAAUUGAUUUUCUAAGGUCUUGGCUGAAUUAUUUUGAUUUUCCCAUGAUGUCAAGCAAAGAGGCACUGAGUUUGAAGGUAGACCUUGAAUUACAUCCAUAAGUACACCUCCAAUUGACUCAAAUUAUGUCAAUCAGCCUGUCAGAAGCUUCUAAAGCCAUGACAUAAUUUUCUGGAAUUUUCCAAGCUGUUUAAAGGCACAGUCAACUUAGUGUAUGUAAACAUCUGACCCACUGGAAUUGUGAUACAGUGAAUAAUAAGUAAAAUAAUCUGUUUGUUAACAAUUGUUGGAAAAAUUACUUGUGUCAUGCACAAAGCAGAUGUCUUAACCGACUUGCCAAAACUAUAGUUUGUUAACAAGACAUUUGUGGAGUGGUUGAAAAACGAGUUUUAAUGACUCCAACCUAAGUGUAUGUAAACUUCUGACUUCAACUGUAGGUCUUCACGUCUGCUUUUAUUCAUCUGUUGUGUAUUUGUGCAGAGAUUGGCAUGAAUUUUGAGCACAUAUGGCAGAAGACAUUGACAGUGCUGAACCCUAUGAUCCCAGCAGAUGGCAGCAUCAUGAAUGAGACCGACCUGACACUAUUCUGUACUGUAUCGCUCUGGGUGUCACUUUACUCAUGGUGAAGAACCUCCCCAGCAGCUUAUGUCCAAGUGUGUGUGUGUUGCAUGUUUUCACAGCCCAAGUCAUCAUGAUUUACUAUUCAGAUAAAAAAUACUUGUAGCUUUGCUGUAUGUAACUGUGCAUGUAUUGUACUGAAAAUGUACUGUAAUAACAUGUAUUUACUCUUUAUAUAGGCAGGCAAAUCCCACUUUGGCUAUGUCUAUGGGAUCAGUACCAUCGGCUGUAUGAUGAUCUAUACCCUGUUGACCCUGAUGGGUUCCCUGACUGUGUCCUAUGGCUGUGUAGCCAGCGUGCUGGGCUACCGCCUCCUCCCCACUGUGCCACUAUCUGCAUUUGCAGUCGUCUUUCCCCGACAGCGAGUAGGCCUUUCCAGUCCAAAAACAAUUAAAAGAGGGAUCCUCAGAACGACCCUGGCCUUGCUGGUGAUUGGCUGGUGCAGUCUCUCAGCUUCCAAGAUCUUCAUCUCCACCCUGGCUAUGGAGGGUCAGCAGCUGUUGGUAGCGUACCCCUGUGCCCUGCUCUAUGGAGUCUUUGCCUUGCUAACAGUGUUCUGAAGGCCACUACUGUCACUGACUGUCAACAGAGAUCCAAUUUCUGAAGGACUACAUUGGGCAAUACAUGUCUGGUAUGGGUGUCAGUCUGGUAUUGAGUUAUAGUUAUAUAUGGAGUUUUAUUUGUUGAAUUCCUAUAUUUAAAAAAAAAAUGAGGCUCAGUUUUUCCAUAGGAUUUACUUUACAUUGUGAAAAAUGUAAUCUGGGUGUGUAAUUGGUUGACAUUUGUGCAUUGGAAUGUGCCAAUAAAUGGAAUUUGAAAUGUUA